AUGGAGGGCAGCAGUCUCAACGUUGCUGCGCCUGUGUUUAAGCCCAGCGGCGCUGCAAACAGCUUUACACCAGCACCUAGUCAGCCGGCCCCCCCUACGCUAUUAUCCUCGUCUGGUCCAGAUGCUGCUGUGCACGCGCCAGAUCAUCUCAGUCCUUCAACCAUGCUAUCGCAGAUACAGAAUCAAAUGGCAUCUGGCGGCGGCGUGCCGGGCGGUAUGAUUCACAUGAAUGCUAGUUCUCGCCCUUUUGUCCCUGGUACAGCAGUCAAACCCAGCAUCGUCGAGCCUCCGACGCCAAUUCCUUACCAUCCCCCUCUGUCAUCUUUUGCAAAUGCCUCCCGAUCGCCGGUCCCACAACACAGGCUGGGUCACGCCUUAAACCCGGGAAGCGUCCAGCUCACUGGCUUGCCUACUUUUCUUGCAACGCCGCCUGUCAUUAAUCACAUGCCCCACAUGUCUCGCUCGCCUAGCUACACUGGGCCACCGUCUCCAAUUUCGCCCAACUUCUCCGGCGCAGCGAGCCCUUUCGUCAUGCCACCAGCUCAGAUGAGCUACGGUUUGCCUCUUCCUGCGGGCUUGAUGAAUGGAAACAUGAAGCCUAGGAGAGCCAAAGGACUUCCGCCUGUCACGCCUCUCAAGACCACCGGUCAUAACUCCACGCCUUCCAUCUCUAUGAAUCCAGCCGCGUUUGCUGCCAACCUUGCUGCCCUCAAGGCUAGGAAGAAGGUUGUCGUAUGCUUGCCAGCAGAACAGCUUUUGCCAGACGACGAGGCACUGCUCGCCCAGCCAGAGGACGAGUCUCUUGGGGAAGAGGUAAAGAGCGAUGUUGAUGGCGUCGAAACCGGAGCACGUGCUAGCGAACCAGGUUCAGCCAAGAGUCGUCAUGCUCGUGCCUCCGCCCUGACGCGUAGCAGAUGGGUUCAACGACAACCGUUGAGUUCAGAUAAACAUGAUCUCGUCCCUUUCUUUGAAGCCCCCAGGGAGGAAAUCGUCACUUGCGAUAUCCAUCCCGAACCUUGGCCAUAUUCCCUCGGUCUGCCAGAUACAAUAGAGAUCUAUCUUCCAGGCAUGAGCGCUUGGGAUGAGUAUCUCGAAUUGCGCUACGAAGAGCAGCAGAUGGAAGCCGCGACGACCGAUCACGAGCCGCGUUCGCCUUUGGCUCAUCAAGGAAUUCCGCUACCUCCCAGCACAGCUGGUUUUACCUUUGAUCGCAGAGGUCGCAGCCUGUCUAUCUCAACACCGGCAGAUCCCGGCAUGGUAACCUUUAAGCUUAAUCGUUUCUUGGAGUCGCAGCAGCAGCAGCUAUCACAGUACGAUUCCGACCAGGUUUGCGGACUAGACUCAGCACAGAACUUUGGCGACGCAGAUAAGCCGUUUGGCCGCUUUCAGACAGACCUGCCCAAUCGCUUGCGCGAAGCAUUUGCUCGCCGUCGCGGCGACAGCUCUGAUCUCAAUCUUCGCCCAUCGCUCAAGACCACUCAUAACCAUACCAUGUCGCUCGGCUUGCCCAGUUCAGGCGGUCCCUUUGGCCCCGAGGUCUUCAGCGCUCUGGAUAUGAUCCGUGCCAACUCGGACGAAGGCCCUUCAAAGCCUCCUUCGGAAGCUCAAGAUCUGCCGCAGAAGCCGCUGUCUGAUACCGAAGCCUUCGCUGGCAAGUCCGAAAUCUAUCUCUCCAAUAUCGCUGAAGAAGAUGGCGAGCAAGAGCCCAGCGCUGAGCUUGCGGUUGAAGGGCAUACACGCGUCGGCAGCUGGAAGGAUCUCGGAAGGGGUUUCGGAUACGAGCCACAAAGUCCGAAUGCGGCACCCAACGGGACUACCAGCAAGCACGUCAGGCAAGCCUCGAGGUUCUCUGUCAACACCUCACGCCAUGAUGGCGAAGAGAAUGACGAACUUGGGUUUGACGGAGAAGAGGCCGAAAUACGCACCAACCCAAGCGAGGAUGCUGACGCUUCCGACUUCGAGGAAGAACCGAACGAGUAUGGAGCUGACCAUUGGCGUUCACGACAUAACAGUGUCCACUUGUCUGCUUUCGGCGACGGUCACGAUCGUUAUGCCGACGACAACCAGUCUCAUGCCAGCAACGAUGACAGCCUUCAAGACUCUUUGACGCCUUCGGACGAGCAAUUCAGCAACCCCUCGGAUGAAGAGGCCGCCAGGGAGGAGCGUAUCUUACGUCGACAGCAUCGUGCCGCUGAACGUGCAGCUCGUCGAGAGCGCAAGCAGCGUCAGCGAGGUCGGGCCUAUAGCGACAACACCCUUCCCAGCAGCAGCAUCGGCGAAGCCGAUAUACAUCACAAUGGCGUAUACGGGCAAGAUGAGCAACAGCGAAACCCGCGCAACGGUAAUACCAUCAGCAAUCCCUCGGAACAGGAGCAUUGUGACAUCGACGACGACUCACAGACCUUUGGUCACAACGAUCGUUCCAACAUGCCUGAUCAAGGACCGCAGUUUAGUCGAGAUUUUCGCUUCCCUCCUCUCAACCCAUGUACGGUUGACGUGGAUCCUCAAGUGCAGUCGAGCUCUGUCCAUUCAGGCAAUUGUCCGCCCAUGUCUGGGACGCUGGGCCGAGCUUCUGGAAUCUCGCUUCUCAAUCCUGAUGCCAAGGAGUUCAAGUUCGGCGGGACAAGCGCCUCCACCAGGUCUGUGUCUGCUCCACAGCCAAGCAUGCAAACUGCACCAGAAGCGGCCGGAGCGCACUUCCGCCUACCGAGCAUCAAGACAUCCAGCUUUGGUUCCAGUGCUCUAGGAGACGCACCCACGAAUGCAGCUCACCUCAAUGUGGGUGCGGCUCCGUUCACCCCUGGCUUGUUUACCUUCAAGGCGAUCCAGCGACUGCAAGUACCUGAGAAUUCACUGUCCGCAUCACCAAGCAUCGCAGUAACUAGUGCUGAUGGUGGUGCCGACCACAGAGAGACCGAGAACCGAGAUAUGCAAGGUCGAGAGAAACGUACCCGCUAUGGUCCCAUCGAUUACGACAGUCAAGACGAGCGCUCAUCUGUGUACAGUCCAAGUCCUCCUCGGCCAAAAGCUUCAGCGGCAACAAUCGAAGGUCCCCUGCGCAUUUUCAGUUCAUUGGCAAGGAACAGUCCUCAGCCUUUCUUGCCGGUGGGCUAUUCACAGCAGCAGCGUGCUGUCUCACACGAAUCCCGCUUGACCGCUGAUGCCCCAUCGUUCGUGCCAACUUGGGCAAAAAGUUCUCAGCUCCUUGGUGGGUCGACCAGCUUCAAGCGUCCUUCGUUGCCUGAUUGGGAUCAGCAAGGUCAGCAAGCUGUUGACAAGGAUCUGCCUUCUAUACUUGACCCGACUUUCUUUUCGAGGGAUGUUGAAAGCAAAGCUAUCCCUGUCGGGCGUGCUUCCAAAGACGAUGUCCGGGGUGCAGCUCGACCGUCCUUGUCUUCCGCAUCGACCUUGGCGUCAGUGGACAAACAGGCCAACAAAAGUGCCGUCGAGCCUUCGCGCGCUGCAGACGUCGAUAGUGGGCAGGAAACAAGCGAAACACACCAAGCUCCAUUUGCUUGGCAACCAUCUGCUUCCAAUCGACUUGCACCUCGCACACAGCCCAUGCACAUCCCUUCUGGACCUCGCAGCUGCCAUUCUCCCUCGAUAUCACAGACUUCUGAUGCUGGACACGUCCCAUCCAUUCGAUGGGGCGAUCGCCGCACGUCUUCAAGAAUGAGCAUGUCCUCUCUUGAUAGGCGAUUCCGCAGGUCAUGUCGCGGCAAGAAAGGGCCCGAUGACGUUGGAGGUAAUGACGAAGACGACUACGAGGACGAAGAAGAGAGUGUCACCGAUAUUAUCGAAGAGAUUGUGGAACGCAUGGACAAGGUCCUCGAGGGAUGGGCUGGCAAGAUUCUCGAUGAAGUCACCAUCAUGGGCCAGGUGCGGCCGCACCCACGCAAUCUUGCCAGCGUGUCUGACUUUCCUCUGGAUCAGGAGAAGCUGGUGCAAGACAUGUUCAAACGCAUGGAAGAAGCGUUGGAUAGUCGCCUCACUCCUGCUCUUUUCGCCUCGCAUGCUCGAAGAGCGUCAGAUGAGACCCAAAGCACGAUUCGACCACUACGUCAAAGGAAUUCUUCCUCAGAUGUCAAGACAGCCAACUCAAGCCUUGCUGAUGCGCCAGGCGAGUGGGACUUUGACUAUGUGCAGGAUAUUCUCGACGUCAAGUUGGGCGAGUUCCGCAAUCAGAUUGAGUCGACUCUGGCUCAGGUGAUGGCUGCGCUGGACAAGAAUGGGCAUCUUGGGGCCGCCGUCAAGCCGAAUGGAAAUGACAAGUACACAAACGACUCUGGUCCACUGGUUGACUUUGCCGAGGUCGUCACCGCGCGUCUGAUGACCCAGCUUGAAUCAACACUCCAGCUGCAUUUGCACGCAGCCAAAGAAUUCCAAUCGGCAUCCGAUGUCGAGCUGCAAAAGGCCAUGCAGUCCAAGCUGGAUGAGAACCUCUUCCUGCUUUCCGAAAAGGGUGCGACAGACCGUUCCAGCAUACAGCACAUGCUCGAGUCGGAAAUGCAUGGACUCGAACGCUCCUUCAGCAAGAUUGUCAGCUCUGUAGAGGAACACAUCCGUUCUGCGCUCAUGCUGCACUUGCCUCCUUUGCUUGCGGACAAGGCGUCUAGCGACGGUACGCUUGCCGACAGACUCACCAAUCAGCUUGGCUCGGCCCUGGGCCCGGUUUUGUCAGAGGAGCGACGAUGCAUGCUCGAAGAACACCAGAGAAGUCGGGAUCUCUUGCUAGAAGCUUUGCCAUCCUCGACACAAAUCGCUCAGUCGACAAUCAAGCUUGUCGAGCCGUUGGUCAAGAGUCUCAAAAGCGAACCAAUCGAUUCAGACGCACUCGUCAAGAGGCUGGCCGAGGUGAUUGGUAAGCAGUCGAUUGAGCAUCUGGUCGACCUCAACCCGGUGCUUGCGCUUAUUGAGCCUCUGAUUGUCAAGCACGAAGAGGCCCGCGCUUUCAGCAAAAAGAUCUUGCAGAGGCAGGAGGACACAGAACGCACUCUUUGCGAAUUGCCGGGUGCUAUCAAUGCCAAGACGGAAAUCUUCUUGUCCAGCGCGAACGACACAAGCGAAAGGCAAGGCCUUAUCCUCGAGAAGAUCGCCGAGAUCAAAGCGGAGAUCAAGGACAGCUCGUCCACCUUGUCUAACGCAGCGUCUUUGAACACAGAUGCUCUGCACAGGAGGCUCGAAGAUCUGGCGAAGGACAAGAUUCUCACUCGGGAGACUGCCGAAAAGACGCUCUCUGAGCUGGCUAGUGUCUACCAGGUGCUCGACUCGUCUUACCAGGCCUUGUCUCGACUUGAAGCUCAGCACACGUCCAGCGAAGAGUCCCAUCGCGAUGCGACAGCUUGGCUUGAAAAGCAGGCUCAAGCGAAUGCUGAUCUAGCAAAGGAGCUCAGGGAGGCGGAAGCGCGUGCGGCACGCGCUGAGGCAGGUCAAGCUGAAGCCGAGGCCAAGUUAUCCUCGUUGGGCAGAGAAUCAGACUCUUUGCGGGACCAGCUCGCUCAGCUGACAGCCGAGUUCGCCUCGUUCAAGGCUGAAAGGACUAAAGAGCAAGAAGCAUCCGAAAAGGCUGUGGCAGACGCGAUGGCUCGAGUCGACCGAGCCGAAGCUGCCAGUGUCGAAACUCAAGACCGAAUGAGUCGUCUACUGGAGCAAGCGAAUGUCGCUGAACGCGAGGCAUACGACUCGGCCAAGUCGGUGUUGGAACGUGCAUCCAAGGCAGAAGGCCAAGUCGCAGCGCUCGAGAAGCGAAUCGCCGAGCAGGACAACAAGAUCGGCAACCUGCAGCAACUCUCUGCGACGCAAAAGCAAAAAGCUGCUCAGAGUCACCAAAAACUGGCGGAGGGCGAGAAACGCGUCAAGGAGCUCGAAGGCAAGGCUGAAGAGCUCGCCGAAGCGGCGAUACGUCUACGGCUACUUGAGGAGAAGGCGAAUGAGCUGGAGGACGUUCGACGCCAGCUACAUGAUAGCGUUGAAAGGGAGGCCUUGAUGAAGAAGGAGCUCACGAAGUACGACGACCGCUUCUCUGAAAUGGAGACGGAGCUAGUCGAGAUCAAGGACAGCUUUGUUGAACGUUCGGUGCACGAAGAGGUCCAGAGAAAGUAUACAGAGAGCCAGAAACUGGUCGAACAGCUGGAAGCUAAGCUCCAAACGCUGACUGCGUCACCUCUGACGUUCGAUGGAUGGGAGGCGGUCGAAAAGCAAAAGACGGGCGCUUGGGCGUCUAUGCAUGCGCCGCGUGUUCACAUCGAGGAUGUGGAGCUGGUCGGUCGUUCGAGUAGGUCGAUUAGAUCGGUUUCUUUUGCAUCCACAGCAGGUAGUCAGGGGAAGAAGGAGGUCGAGGUGGAUGAAGGCGGGUGGUGGUCUUGA